UGAAAAGCAUCCGGUCCAGACACGGUACCUGGCCAAGUACUAAAAAACUGUGGUCAACAGGCUGGAGUGUUCAGUGAGAUCUUUAACCUCUGGCUUCGGCAGUGUGAGGUACCCAAAUGCUUCAAGCAGGCUUCGGUUAUGCCGGCACCUAAGAAGAAUGUUGUAACCAGCGUCAGUGACUGUCGUCCAGUAGUUCUUGCAUCCACAGUGAAGUAUUUUGAGAGAUUGGUGACGAAACCAAUUCCUGCCUGAGAAGAGACUUGGAUCCACUCCAAUUAGUCUACUGGAGCAGAAGGUCUACAACAGAUGUCAUCUCAUUGGUUCUUCACUCAAUCCUGGAACAUCUGGACAGCAAAGAUGUAUUUAACAGGAUGCUCUUUAUCAAUUACAGCUCCGCAUUCAUUGAAUCUUCAAUUUCCUCACAUGCGGACCCCAGACAAUUUGGAUUGGCAGCACCAUCUCCUCCACAAUCUCUAUCAGCAUAGGUGCACCAAAAGAUUGUAUGCUUAGCUCUGUGCUCUAGUUACUUUCCACUUAUGACUGUGUGGCUAAGCACAGCUCCAAUGCCAUCAAUUUUGUUGAUGACACCAUUGUCAUAGGCUGUGUCAAAAGUGGUUAUGAAUCAGCAUAUAGAAGGGAGGUUGAAAAGCUGGCUGAGCGGUGCCAUAACAACAACCUCUUGCACAUUGUCAGCAAGAGGAAGUGACUGAUUAUUCAUUUCAGGAGAAGAAAACUAGAGAUCUAUGAGCCAGUCCUCAUUGAAGGAUCAGAGGUGGAGCAGACCAGCAAGCUUAAAUUCCUCUUUCGGAGGACCUGCCCUGGGCCCAGCACGUAAGUGCAAUUACAAAGGAAGCACGGCAAUGCCUCUACUUCCUUAGGAGUUUGUGAAAAUUCGACAUGACGUCUAAAACUUUGACAAGCUUCUGUAGGUCCUUGGUGGAGAGUAUAUUGACUGCCUGCAUCACAGCCUGGUAUGGAAACACCAGUGCCCUUGAAUGGAAAAUCCUACAAAAAGUAGUGGAUACAGGCUAGUCCAUCAUAGUAAAUCUCUCCCCAGCAUUGAGUACAUCUACACGAAACAUUGUUGUAGGAAAGCAGCGUCCGUCAUCAAGAUCCCCCACCACCCAGGACCUGCUUUCUUGCUACUGCCAUCAGGAAGCAGGUACAGGAGCCUCACGACUCAUAACACCAGGUUCAGGAACAGUUAUACCCCUCAUUCAGCAGCCGUUGAUCCAAGGGAGAUAACAUCACUUGCCUCAUCUUUGAAGUAUUCCCACACCUAUGGACUCAUUUUCAAGAACUCUUCAUUUAUGUUCUUGGUUCAAUGUACAAAGCCUGAUUGUGCAAAAUGGCGGCAAUUAACGAGGGAUAUCCAGAUGACUGCAGCAUCAGCAAAAACAUACCAUUGUGGCUUGAAAACUCAUAAUGCAGUUAAGGGUGAAAAUGCAGACCCCUGUUCUUUGUCUGAAGAUAUGCGAGUGGGUGAAGUUGAAGAUAGCAAGUGGUACUCAAUGCUCAUUGUGCCUCCACUACUGAAGGACAGCCCAGCUGCCCCCUUUCUCGGUGCUUACUAUCCAGACUGUGUGGGUAUGAGUCCCUCCUGUGCCAAUACUAACCGUUACCACAAUGAGUACUCCAGUCUGAAGAUGAAUUCAUCAGAUCAUAGCAAAAGCAAUGUUCAAUCACCUGUUGCAGGAAUGAGUCCUUACUUCCAACCUUUCUAUCAACCCAAUGAGUGUGGAAAGGCCCUUUGUGUGAGGCCAGAUGUGAUGGAACUCGAUGAGCUGUAUGAAUUUCCUGAAUAUUCCCGGGAUCCUACAAUGUACUUAGCAUUGCGAAAUCUGAUAUUGGCUCUUUGGAGCAUUAAUUGCAAAGAGGUUCUCACCCCUCAAAAAUGUGCAAACCACAUAGUUGUUCGAGGACUUGUUCGUAUUCGCUGUGUAAUAGAAGUGGAGAAGAUUUUACAUUUUGUUACAAGAAAGGGCUUAGUAAAUACUGGGGUCCUGACAAUUAGUCCUGACUAUCCUCUCCUGCCCAGCUGUUAUCAUAAGAAAAAUGUUAUUGUUGUUGGUGCUGGUGCUGCAGGCUUAGCAGCUGCACGGCAGCUGCAGAAUUUUGGAAUUAAAGUGAUGGUGCUUGAAGCCAGAGGUCGGAUUGGUGGACGUGUGUGGGAUGACCAUUCUCUUGGUGUGACAGUGGGAAAAGGAGCACAAAUUGUUAAUGGCUGCAUUAACAAUCCCAUAGCACUAAUGUGUGAGCAACUUGGAAGCAAGAUGCACAAACUGGGAGAUAGAUGUGACCUGAUAGAAGAAGGUGGAAAUGUGGUUGACCCUUCCAUUGACAAGUCCAUUGACUUUCAUUUCAAUGCCAUGCUGGAUGUUGUGGCAGAGUGGAGGAAGGACAAGAAGCAAUUUCAAGAUGUUCCGCUUGGAGAAAAGAUCGAAGAGAUCUACAAAACUUUCAGUCAGGAAUCUGGUGUUCAGUUCAGUGAUUUAGAGGCCAAAGUGCUACAGUUUCAUCUUGGUAAUCUUGAAUAUGCCUGUGGGAGUAAUUUGCAACAGGUGUCUGCUCGUUCCUGGGACCACAAUGAGUUUUUUGCCCAAUUUGCAGGUGAUCAUACACUCUUCACAUCAGGUUACUCAUCUGUCAUCAAUAAACUAGGUGAUGGUCUGGAUAUACGACUUGAUACGCCAGUAGUGUCCAUUAACUAUUCAGGUGAUGAUAUUUGUAUUGGAACAGCUAAUGGAACAUUAUGGACAACGCAGAAGGUUUUGGUUACUGUACCUUUAACAUUACUUCAGAAAAACACUAUUCAAUUUUAUCCACACCUGCCUGAAAGGAAAAUUAAAGCGAUCAACAGUUUAGGACAAGGGGUAAUUGAAAAGAUUGCCUUACAGUUUCCAUAUAAAUUCUGGGAGAACAAAAUACAGGGAGCAGACUUCUUUGGUCACAUUCCUCCCAGUCCUGACAAACGUGGACUUUUUGGUGUAUUUUAUGAUAUGGAUCCACAAGGCAAACAUUGUGUCCUGAUGUCUGUUAUCAGUGGAGAUGCAGUGGCUGUAAUACGGGAUAUGCAAGAGGAAGAAGUGAUUGAUCUAUGUAUGAAUGUUCUCAAAGAACUUUUUAAAGAACAGGAAGUUCCAGAUCCAAUCAGAUACUUUGUUACACAGUGGAAUAAGGACCCUUGGACACAAAUGGCUUACAGCUUUAUAAAGGCAGGAGGAAGUGGUGAAGCUUAUGAUAUAAUUGCUGAAGAUAUACAAGGAAAAGUUUUUUUUGCUGGUGAGGCAACAAAUCGGCACUUUCCACAAACUGUUACAGGGGCGUACCUCAGUGGAGUCAGAGAAGCUAGUAAAAUUGCUGCAUUGUAAAUGAUGUCUUGUAUAUGACUGAAUGAAAAAUGCUGUAUAUAUGGAAGGUAC